GCGUCGCAACGUAACGCACACGGACCGACCGACCCCUUGUCGACCAUUCACACGACGUAUCACGCGCAGACUUCCUAGUCCCACAUUACUCAGUCAUCUUGCUUUACAGGCAGGUUGGGACGAGUUUAACGUUACUUGCGUCUUCACAUGACUCAGUAUUUUACAAAUAUGAGCUUGGACACACUAUUUAGGCAAAUUAUUUUAACAGAGCUGCAUGUAUCAGUGAACUGCCGCCAGCUACUAGAAGCAAAAAGUGCCAUUGCAACAUAUUCUGAACAGGUUAAAACACACAGAGAGCAACUGAAAUGCCUUGAGGAUGAACUACAUCAGGAGGGUCUUUUUCUUUCUGAGAUGAUUCUGCAGUAUGACCUUUUGAAAAAGAAGCGAGAGCACCUAGAAAACAGAAGUGAUGAGCUUCAGCAACAUCAACAGAGGCUCAGAGAUGAUCAGGAGACACAGAAGAAUUGGGACGUGGAACAACAAAAGAAGUUUAUGGCGGAAACUAAGGCUUUCAAUUGUGAUUAUUGCCUCCUCCGCCACAGACACACUAUUGUCUAUCGUCAGGCCAGUGCUGAAAUGCUGAGGCUCAUGCAAGAAGCAGCCAUCUUAAGUAAAGAAAUGCAGUGUAUGACCCAAACAAAUGCACAUAUGAAUUUGAAGCAAGAAAAGAAAACGGUCCUUCAGUCACAUUUGACACAACUGGAGAUUCAACAUGGAGAGCUGGAGUCUGAAGCUGAAGAGGCAGCAUCUCUGACCAGCUCUUUGAAAGUGGAGAGAGCAACAGUUACCAAGAAACCUGCUUUAGACAAACUUUGCCUAAGGCUGAAGGACGAGGUGGGUAUAUUUAAGGAGGGAAAUCUUGAACUUAAGCAUCAAAUGCUCUCAGCUACAAUUCAGCUUCUGCAAAAGGGAAAACGUGGAGGAGUUUGGUCGCUUCUAACGGUUCAUCUGUUUGGAUCUUAAGGAAUACAUUGAGCUAAGCUAAGUGCUAACCAAAUGGCGCCGCCCGCCAGGGCGCUUGAGUGCACGCAUUGAGACGCGAGAGGUAUGUAUCAACUCGUCUUACUUAAGCGGAUAACAUAGUUUAAUAUGAAAAAACGGUGAAGUGUUCCUUUAAGUUGCGGUUUCAUGUUUACAACACUCUUCGAGUCACACCGUGACGGUAAAAUGUAAUUU